AUGGAGAAUGAGGAUGUCAGCAUACGCGUGGCCAACAUGGAGAACCAGCUGGCUCAACUCACUGCUUUGAUGGCCGAGAUAAGCCGAAAAAUCAGUGAACCUCCGGCCCCGGCCAUAGCCGGAACCUCUACUCCUGUUUUGUCGGGACCCACUCCACCCUUAGCUGGAGAACCACAUGUCACCAAUCCUGCUGAAAAAGUUACGCCUGUAAUCGUCAAUCUGGAUCCCCCUCCAAAGCAGGGAUCCGCCAUCCGCUUUGACGAAGAAAAUGCAAGCCGCUUGGCUAAGAUGGAGGAGCUACUUUGUGUCCUCAAAGGAUAUGAGAUGAAGGGAGUGGACAAGCUAACCCCAUAUGCUAAGGUGAAAGUACCCGAGAAUUUCAAAGAGCCGGAAUUCAUGAGAAAAUAUGAUGGCACCGGCUGUCCUAUAACCCACCUCAAAUACUAUAUGAGGAGGAUGGCUCGCUACUUCGACAAUGUCCCGCUCCUUAUACAUACAUUUCAAGAUAGCUUAGACGGUCCUGCCUUGUCGUGGUUUAUUGCACUGGAUAUUGAAGAGCUCACUGGAUGGGACGACCUCGCUGACGAGUUUUUACAGCAAUAUAAAUUCAACUCUGAGAUUGUCCCUACAAGAGAGGAGUUAGGAUUAGUGUACUCUGGUUGCCAAACAUUUUCGCAGCUGGUGGAGGUUGGUGAAGGGGUUGAAUGGGCGAUAAUUGAUGGAAGAAUAUCUACUGGGAAUAGCAAGAAGUUCACAAUGAGGAAGGACAAGGAGACGGCAGUUGAAGUGGCGUUUAUCCAGGAGCCAGCUGCACCUAAAUCAGUGUCGAUGCCUUCACAAAACCCUAGAGCUAUGCAAGGAAACGGGUCACAGGGAUUUGACGGAAGCAGGAAGUUCCCCCGAAAGGAAUUCACACCUCUACCCCGACCUUUAUCAAAAUUGUUACCUAUUCUCUUCGAAAAGAGAUUGGUAGCCAAGGAGGUACCUAGGGACAACCCUCCAAGAUUCCCGGGCUUCGAUAUAACCAAAACAUAUGAAUACCACAUGGGAGAAAGGGGGCAUGACGUCGAUAACUGCUACACACUGAAAUUGAAAGUUCAGAACCUAUUGGAUAAAGGAAAGUUGACCUUUAAAGAAGCCACGCCCAAUGUGCAACAAAAUCCUUUACCCGAUCACACUGAAGGAGUGAAUGUGAUUCUUGAGGAAAUGCAAGCGAAUGAGUGA